CUACUGGAAAAUAGGAGUCGAUGCCCUCCCUACCCCGGUAGCCCGGUCCUCGAGGUUGGCAAAGUCCUGAGGAAGCCACCUUCAAGAUCCCUCCUUUCCCUUCCUCUGCGAUCCUAAUCGAACACAGGAUGGUGCGGAUUCUCACAAAGUUUCAUCUUUGAUCUUGUGAUUUCUGUUUUCUUUUUUGAUAUCCCGUGGAGGGAUCUUGGAAGACGGGGCUCCAAGCGUCGGAUCGGCUAGGAACAGCUCUGGUUCGGGAGGCAUGGGGAAGGUGGCUGUGACGACGACGGUGGUGUGCGCUGCGGCCGCGUGCGCCGUGGCGGUGCUCGUUGUGCGGCACCGCAUGAGGAGCUCGGGCCGGUGGUCUCGGGUCGCUGCGGUGAUCAAGGAGUUCGAGGAGCGGGCCGCCACGCCCAUCGGGAAGCUGCGGCAGGUGGCGGACGCGAUGACGGUGGAGAUGCACGCAGGCCUCGCCUCCGAGGGCGGCAGCAAGCUGAAGAUGCUGAUCAGCUACGUCGACAACCUGCCCACUGGGGAUGAGAUGGGAUUGUUUUAUGCUUUAGACCUUGGAGGAACCAACUUCCGAGUACUUCGUGUUCAACUAGGAGGGAAGGAGAAACGUGUUGUCAAGCAAGAAUUUGAGGAGGUCUCCAUACCACCACAUCUAAUGGUUGGAGGCUCAGAUGAACUUUUUGAUUUUAUCGCUUCAGCUUUAGCAAAAUUUGUUGCUGCUGAAGGUGAUGAUUUUCACCUUCCUAUUGGUAGGCAGAGGGAGCUUGGAUUCACCUUCUCUUUUCCAGUGAGACAAACUUCAAUUGCAUCAGGCACCCUAAUUAAAUGGACAAAAGGUUUUAAUAUCGAUAGCACGGUUGGGGAAGAUGUGGUAACUGAGUUGACUAGGGCCAUGGAAAGACAAGGCCUGGAUAUGCGAGUCUCAGCACUGGUGAAUGAUACAAUUGGGACAUUAGCCGGUGGGAGAUAUUUUGAUCAUGAUGUAGUUGCUGCUGUGAUAUUAGGCACAGGGACGAAUGCAGCUUACGUAGAGCGUGCUCAUGCAAUACCAAAAUGGCAUGGUCUCCUACCCAAAUCAGGGGAGAUGGUUAUCAACAUGGAGUGGGGAAAUUUCAGGUCAUCUCAUCUUCCUCUAACAGAUUAUGACCAAGCACUAGAUGCAGCGAGUUUGAAUCCUGGUGAACAGAUUUUUGAAAAGUUAAUGUCUGGAAUGUACCUGGGUGAAAUUUUACGAAGAGUACUCCUAAAAUUAGCUACUGAAACUGCGUUGUUUGGAGAUACUGUCCCACCAAAACUUGAAACUCCAUUCAUACUCCGGACACCUGCCAUGUCAGCCAUACACCAUGACAACUCACCUGAUCUAAAAGUGGUCGGGACUAAGCUGAAAGAACUCUUGGGGAUCCCUAAUACAUCUCUCAAAACCAGAAAAGUGGUCGUCCAAAUCUGUGACAUAGUUGCCAAGCGCGGCGCUCGCUUGGCUGCAGCCGGCAUAGUCGGCAUUCUGAAGAAGAUCGGGCGUGAUGCUCCACCAAAGGACGGCAGUAAACUCCCAAAGACCGUCAUUGCGAUGGAUGGAGGGCUCUACGAACACUACACCAUAUUCAGUGAUUGUUUGCAGAGUACCCUCAAGGAGAUGCUUGGGCCUGAAGCCUCGACUUCCAUCGUCAUCAAGCUGGCGAACGAUGGGUCAGGCAUCGGAGCAUCUCUCCUCGCAGCAUCUCACUCGCAGUAUCUAGAGCUCGAAGAGUCCUAACGAGCAUCUUGUUGUUUUAUUUUAUCUGAAGGAAAUGGUUAAGUUAACCUUUGAGAUAGGCAUAUGAUAGCAAGUAGAAACAAGGAGGUACUGCCCAUCACAAGAAGAGCAAAGACUUGUGUGCAUUCUGCAAUUGCCAUUGCCGCGCAGCACUGUCCGCGGUUAGUUUUUCAUUCUCUUCGGUAUAUUCCCCCCUUUUCACUAAUAAAAAAUAAAUGGAGACGAUCCGAUCUGAUCGCCUUCUUUAGUUUAUGUCGAUGAACUGCAACCUCCGGAGCAAGUUGCUGUUCCAGGAAACUUUUCAGUUUUUUCUGUUACUUUGUUCAUCUCCAUGGUUUCCUUGUGCCUGAGUGCAUGGUUAUGAAAUAAGACUGCUGCUGUUUGGAUUUCUUUU